AUGGACUUAGAGAGAGAAGAGGAAGAGCCAGACAUUGACAAGGAUCAGGAAAUAUCACAAACCAAAGUUAAGUUCGACCCAUGGUGCCCACUUAGAGCUCCAAAAGCCGAGCUCAAACAACUCCCAGUUGGUCUAAGGUAUGAAUAUCUUGGUCCUAAUGAAACAUAUCCUGUUAUUGUUAAUGCUGCACUAACAAAAGAAGAGACCGCUUUACUUGUUCGCGAACUGAGAAAGCAUAGAAAGGCUCUUGGUUACUCUUUGGAUGAUUUAACAGGAAUCUCACCUGAACUAUGCACACAUCGCAUCAUCCUGGAGGAUGAGUCUAGUUCUUCAAUUGAACACCAAAGGAGGCUAAACCCAAACCUAAAGGAAGUUGUCAAGAAGGAGAUAAUGAAGCUAUUGAAAGGCUGGAGUGAUUAUCCAAUAUCAGAUAGUGCAUGGGUCAGCCCUGUACAUGUCGUGCCAAAGAAAGGAGGGAUCACAGUCAUCAAGAAUGAACAUGAUGAGCUCAUUCCAACAAGGACAAUCACAGGACACAGAAUGUGUGUCGACUACAGGAAGCUGAACUCCUCUACGCGCAAGGACCACUACCCCUUGCCAUUCAUAGACCAGAUGCUUGAGCGCCUUGCCAAUCAUCAAUACUACUGUUUCUUGGAUGGAUACUCAGGAUUUUUCCAAAUUCCAAUCCACCCAGAUGAUCAGGAGAAGACUACAUUCACUUGUCCCUAUGGCACAUAUGCUUAUAGGAGAAUGCCUUUUGGAUUGUGCAAUGCUCCAGCUACAUUCCAAAGGUGUAUGAUGUCCAUAUUCACAGAUCUAAUAGAAGAGAUUAUGGAGGUUUUCAUGGAUGAUUUCUCAGUAUAUGGUUCUUCCUUUGAAUCAUGUUUGGGAAAUCUUGGAAGAGUGCUACAGAGAUGUGAAGACAAGCACCUAGUUCUAAAUUGGGAGAAGUGCCACUUUAUGGUUAGAGAUGGAAUAGUGCUUGGACAUAGAAUCUCAAGAGAGGCAUAG